GUCCCCGAGUCAACUUUAAUCCCCACGCUUGCUUCCUGCCUCGCCUUUCUCCUCUCUGCUCCGCUCGGAAGAUGGCUGUUUGGAGAAGGGGGCGAAGUUAGGGGGUCGCUGGCGCGGGGCGCGGGGGGCGCGACAGCCUCGUUGGGAGCGCGCGGAGGUUUCUCCUCUUCAGCCCCUCUUGGACCUCCAUUGCUAGCUGAACAAAGGCGGUGAAUCUUCAUCCUGAUCCAUCAAUCCUUCUGAAUCCCAUAAUGAGCUCACCAGUACAGCCCGAUGGGGUGGCUGGACGGGAGCAGCUCUUGGCUCAGCAAAGAAUGCACAGUAUGAUCAGCUCAGUGGAUGUGAAGUCAGAGGUUCCUGUGGGCCUGGAGCCCAUCUCACCCCUAGACUUAAGGACAGACCUCAGGAUGAUGAUGCCAGUAGUGGACCCUGUCGUCCGUGAGAAGCAGCUGCAGCAAGAGUUACUUCUUAUCCAGCAGCAGCAACAAAUCCAGAAGCAGCUCCUGAUAGCAGAGUUUCAGAAACAGCACGAGAACUUGACACGGCAGCACCAGGCUCAGCUUCAGGAGCACAUCAAGGAACUUCUAGCCAUAAAACAGCAACAAGAACUCCUAGAAAAGGAGCAGAAGCUGGAGCAGCAGAGGCAAGAACAGGAAGUGGAGAGGCAUCGUAGAGAACAGCAGCUCCCUCCUCUCAGAGGCAAAGACAGAGGACGAGAACGAGCGGUGGCAAGUACUGAAGUAAAGCAGAAGCUUCAAGAAUUCCUAUUGAGUAAAUCAGCAACAAAAGACACUCCAACUAAUGGAAAAAAUCAUUCCGUGAGCCGCCAUCCCAAGCUCUGGGCUGCCCACCACACAUCAUUGGAUCAAAGCUCUCCACCCCUUAGUGGAACAUCUCCAUCCUACAAAUAUACAUUACCAGGAACCCAAGAUGCCAAGGAUGAUUUCCCUCUUCGAAAAACUGCCUCUGAGCCCAACUUGAAGGUGCGGUCCAGGUUAAAACAGAAAGUGGCAGAGAGGAGAAGCAGCCCCUUACUCAGGCGGAAGGAUGGAAAUGUUGUCACUUCAUUCAAGAAGCGAAUGUUUGAGGUGACAGAAUCCUCAGUCAGCAGCAGUUCUCCAGGGUCUGGUCCCAGUUCACCAAACAAUGGACCGACUGGAAAUGUUACUGAAAAUGAGACUUCGGUUUUGCCCCCUACUCCUCAUGCUGAGCAACUGGUUUCACAGCAACGCAUUCUAAUUCAUGAAGAUUCCAUGAACCUGCUAAGUCUUUAUACCUCUCCUUCUUUACCCAACAUUACUUUGGGACUCCCAGCAGGGUCAUCCCAGCUCAAUGCUUCAAAUUCUCUCAAAGAAAAGCAGAAGUGUGAGACACAGACACUCAGGCAAGGUGUUCCCCUGCCUGGGCAGUACGGGGGCAGCAUCCCAACGUCUUCAAGCCAUCCUCAUGUGACUUUAGAGGGAAAGCCCAACAGCAGCCACCAAGCUCUCCUGCAGCAUUUAUUACUGAAAGAACAAAUGCGACAACAAAAGCUUCUUGUGGCCGGUGGAGUUCCUUUACACCCGCAGUCUCCCUUGGCAACAAAAGAGAGAAUUUCGCCGGGGAUUAGAGGUACCCACAAGUUGCCCCGUCACAGACCCCUGAAUCGAACCCAGUCUGCACCUUUGCCUCAAAGCACUUUGGCUCAGUUGGUCAUUCAACAGCAACACCAGCAGUUCUUGGAGAAGCAGAAACAAUACCAGCAGCAGAUUCACAUGAACAAACUGCUUUCGAAAUCUAUUGAACAACUGAAGCAACCGGGCAGGCACCUUGAGGAAGCAGAGGAAGAACUUCAGGGGGACCAGGCGAUGCAGGAAGACAGAGCGCCCUCUAGUGACAACAGCACUAGGAGCGACAGCAGUGCUUGUGUGGAUGACACUCUGGGACAAGUUGGGGCUGUGAAGGUCAAGGAAGAACCAGUGGACAGUGAUGAAGAUGCUCAGGUCCAGGAAAUGGAAUCUGGGGAGCAGGCUGCUUUUAUGCAACAGGUAAUAGGCAAAGAUUUAGCUCCAGGAUUUGUAAUUAAAGUCAUUAUCUGAACAUAAAAUGCGUUGCAGGUUUUGGUAAAUUUCCUAUUGGUAUGUAUGUCUGGAUGGCUGAUUUUAGUGUCUAAGGAUUGUAAGAGACACAGGUAAAUAUAUAUGUCUAUACAGAGAUCUGUCUACAGUGAUCUCUAAAUAGAUACAGAAGUUUCAUUGAAACUCAUUGGUUUAAAAAAAAAGAAAGAAAGAAAACCUGUUACACUAAAAUUAUGCUACAAUGAUAUCCAAGUAAUUAAUAGGCUUUAAAUCCACCCGAAGAUCGGUUACACCAAUUACUUCUAAGGAAAACGAACUCUCUAUUAUUUUUAGUUUAUCUGUUGAGAUCAGUAACUGCCAGAUACAGUCUCCUAGUCUGAUCAAUGAGGCAUUCUAUUAAUUUCUGACUUUUUGAACAUGUAGAAGUCAAUUUUCACAUCACUGUACAUAAUGUAUCAUACUGCAGUCUUGAACACUGUUAAAGAUAGUCUGCCCUUUCUUUCCUCUCUCUUUUUUGUUAAGUAGAGAUGUUCUAGUCACCAUGCCAGUAGUCAUAGGUUAUUGUGUACAUUGCAAUUGAAAAUAUUAGGAAUACAGGUGGUUUAAAUAUAGAGAUGCAAAUGAAGUACUGUUUUAAAUAUUACUUUGUUUCACAUGACACUGUGCAUUUUACUUUUAUCUUGUGUAAUUUGAUGACAUUGUCUAUUGAAAAAAGUCAAAUGAAGCAGUUGCACAUGUUGGUGAGAAGUGAUUUGCAGAAAUGUGGUCCAAUCAGAUACAAUAUAGGAUCUACAAUUGUAGCAAACACAGUGAUAGUAUGAUUAUCACAAUAUUAUAUCAAAAUCAGUUUUUUAAGGUGUAUCAUAUUUUAUAAUAAUUAUUACUAGCAUCUCUUUAAUGUAACUCCGUAAUGGCUCGGCAUAUGCCAUAUCAUUUUAGCAAAAUAAAUUAAUCAAGGAAUUUGCACCUUCAGAAGGAUUGUAUCCUUUGAUGCUAUACAAUGCAAACAUCUUUGAAAGCAAGGAAGACAAUGUUUAUUUAACUAAGUUCUUUGUCAGGUUCCUGCUGUUCUCCUACAGAAAAGUUAUUCUGUGAGGCUGAACAGGAAAUGCCUUGUGGAAACAGGAAGUCCAAGUGAUUCAUGUACAGAGGAAUGUAGGGAAAAAAACCCUGAGGAUAGUGUUUUACUCUUUCUGUUUUUAAAGGGCACUCUAUGAAUUGAUUUAUUGUCUAAGAAAAUAACACCACAAGUAGGGAAAUUGUUACGGAAGCUUUUCACUGGAACAUUUCCUUCAUAUUUCCUUUUGAUAUGUUUACCUUGUUUUAUAGGUUUACUUUUGUUAAGCUAGUUAAAGGUUCGUUGUAUUAAGACCUCUUUAAUAUGGAUAAUCCAAAUUGACCUAGAAUCUUUGUGAGCUUUUUUCUAUUAAAAUAUUUAUAUUUCUAAAUUUGAGGUACUUUAAGGUGUAGUAUCCUAUUUCAAAGGAGAUAUAGCAGUUUUGCCAAAUGUAGACAUUGUUCAACUGUAUGUUAUUGGCACAUAUUGUUUACAUUUUGCUGUGACAUUUAAAAAUAUUUCUUUAAAAAUGUUACUGCUAAAGAUACAUUAUCCUUUUUUAAAAAGCCUCCAUUCAAAUUAAAUUAACAUAACUAGAAGUUAGAAAGUUUAAAACUUUUCCAUAUAAUGAACGUCCUUCUGAUAAUUUGACAAAUAGCUAUAAUAGGCAACACGCCCUAUCACCAACAUAUUUUGGUUAGUAUAUUUCAUCAUAUUAAAAUGACUUUUGUCAGUUGUUUUGCAUUAUAAAAAUAUGGCAUGCCUAAGAUAAAAUUGUAUAUUUUUUCCAUCUCAUAAAUAUUCAUUUUCUCCAAAGUCUUUUUUCAAUCUCAUAAAAAAAGGGAUAGUGCAUCUUUUAAAAUACAUUUUAUUUGGGGAGGAACAUGUGGCUGAGCAGACUUUUGUAUAAUAAUACUUCAAAGAUAUGUAAUCACAAACAAAAAAACCUAUUUUUUAUAAUGUCAUUGAGAGAGAGCUUCAUCAGUACAGUUGGUGGACAUUAAUUGUUUGAAUAUGAUAGUCUUUGAAUUUAAUCACGAAACUACCUGGAACCAGUGAAAAGGAAAGCUGGACUUAAAUACUCUUACAACUAAUUGAUAAAUGUUUCUUUUAAAAUCUACUGUAUUUAUUAUAAUUUGCACCCUUGAAGGUGAUCUCUUGUUUUGUGUUGUAAAUAUAUUGUUUGUAUGUUUCCCUUCUUGCCUUCUGUUAUAAGUCUCUUCCUUUCUCAAAUAAAGUUUUUUUUAAAAGA